UAAUUUAAAUUCCAUUUAUCCACUACUACUACAUAGUCACAAUCACACUGAUACAUUCAUAGUUGAAAAUGUGUCCCCUCAGACUCAUUCUCAUAUUCUUGUCAGCUACUCUAGCUGGUUUCUUUGUCCUCAAAAACCUCAGAUCUCAACCUCAACUCACUGAAUUGGACCAAAGCAAUGAACACACCCCAGAAACAGAAACCUCGGAUUCUUCUAAACCAACCUUAAAUUCACCUUCUAGAUCCAAGGUUAAGGUUGCAUUAGAAUCAGGGUUUUGGACAUUUGUUGACAUGGCUUCUGGUCGUUAUCUUUGGAGGCAAAUGGUCAAAUCCUCAUCAAAGUAAUAGUUGAUCAACAUGUUCAUACCUUUGUGAUAUUCAUCACAGGCACAAAUGCUAUAUAAAUGCAAUAAUACUAUUUGUUCUAUUAAAAUUUCAUAUGGAAUAUUAUAGUUUAUAGAAAGAGUUUGCCUACUACUCUUUUUGCUCACAUUUUCUUAUUGUUUUCAUCUAAAGUUGUACUAAUAGCAUGAAAUGCACAAAAAGAAGGAUCUUAGUAUUAUGAUUAUAGCUGAUGUUGUUC